CUCACAUCCAAGCCUCCGUCAACACCCCGGCCAACAACGCCAAACGGUGAUUUUCCAGCAGUUAGCUCGGACACAGCCGACGGACAGUGCGCGUGCGCCGCUCGACCCGCUCCCGUGAUUCUGUGACAGUGACGAGAUCAGAGACUUCAACAUGACUAGAUACGUCACAGUUGCGUUAGUACUAUGCGGGUGCGUGCUGCUCGCGUCGGCUCAAUACAAUUUCGGUUUCGGCUACGAUAACUACCUAGCGAACAACUUCGGUCCCCCGGGCUUAGGUGGCUUGUCGUCUGCCGCCGCAAGAGACCCAAGGGCUAAUAGAGGCCCAGUUGUGUUCCCCUCUUCGCCUCCCGGCGACCCGGAUCAAACCAGCGGUGUUAUCAUUGGUGCCUCAGGCUAUGGCUUCCAGGCCCCAGGCUCGCAAGGCCCAGUUGUACCAAGAUAUUUCUACAGAGGGUUCUACGGACGAAGAUAAAAUAUUUAUGUAUAUUGUAAUAGAAUUUAAAUUAAUCCACAUGUACCUUUGCCCAUACAAAUUAAAUUAAUUGUAUAAAAUGUAAACUUCAUACGACAUGUACAGAAGUACAAUAGUACAAAUGCUAACUUGUAAAUAAUGUGUUAAAACUGUGAUAAUGUGUGUGCAAGCGAUGAAAUAAUUAUUUAUAUACAACUUACAUAAUAACAUUUUUUUUCAUUUAUUUAUUACAUAAUACAAAGUAACAGACAUAGUGUAAUUUUAUAAUAUAAAGUGUGUAUUGGAAGUUAAAUUAUUUGUACGAUUGCGUUAACAAUUUCUGAUGAUUUUAUGUAAAUAAUAAAUACCUGAUAUAAAUAAAUAGCAUAUUCAUAA